GAGGUGGAGCAGCCCACGGAGAGAGCUGCAUCCCCGCAGCCGGCGCAGGCGGCAGCAUCUCGGCCAAAAAACGGGCUCCCGCAUCCUUCCGAGACGGCAUCGGCUCCAGCAGCCGCAUCCCGGGGUAGGGGCAUCCCCGCUGGGUGGGGAAAGCGGGGUGUGGGGACACCCCCCCAGCUGGAUUUGGGGUCUAAGGGGGGGUGUAUCCGCUUGCAAAGGGGUCGCGGCGCGGUCGGGAUUAGCGGAGGCGCGUGGGGCGGCCGGAGGGAGUGGAGAUGCUGCCCUGGCGCCGGAGCAAGUUCGUGCUGGUGGAAAAUGAACGUAAAUGCAAAAGCAAGAGCCUGGGGCCGGGGCUGAGCUACGCGGCAUUGCUGGCCGGUUUCCUCCGCUCCUGCCCGGACCUUCUGCCCGACUGCCCGCUGGAGCGGCUGGGCAGCGUUUUCCGUGGAAAACGGCAGAAAGUGGAGCUGAACAAGGAGGACCCGACGUACACGGUGCGGUACCUGGGCAACGCCGUCACCCUGCACGCCAAGGGCGAGGGCUGCACGGAGGAGGCGGUGGGUAAAAUCUGGGCGAAAAGCGACGGCGGGGCCGGCGGGGCCAAGAUGAAGCUGACGUUGGGACCCCAAGGCAUCCGCAUGACCCCCUGCGAGAAGGGGACACGGCGCCCAGGCCACGCGUACCUCCUGCACCGCAUCACCUACUGCGCCGCCGACCGCCGGCACCCCAAGAUCUUCGCCUGGGUUUACCGGCACCAGGUGAAGAACAAGGCGGUGGUCCUGCGCUGCCACGCUGUCCUGCUCCCCAAAGCCGACAAGGCGCGUGCCAUGGCCUUGCUCCUCUACCAAACCUCCGCCGCCGCCUUCAGCGAGUUCAAGAGGCUCAAGAGGCAGAGCGAUUUCCGACACGUCCAGCAGCAGCUUCUGGGCGAUGCCAUAGUCCCCUUGGUCCCCCUGCGCCGGCUGCUCAACGCCAAGUGUCCCUAUCGCCCGCCGGCCGAGAGAGCCCGCUGUGCCCCCCGCCUCAGCUCCAUCCUGGAGGAGGAGGAGGAGGGAGAAGCCUUCGGCGCCGGGGCAGCCUGCGGUGGGGAUGGUGGUCCCACCGCCAUGCUGCUCCUGGCCAGGGAGAUGCGGGGGUGCAGUCUGCGCGGCCCCCGGCCCCCUGUGUGCUGAGCGUUUUGGGGACAAGCUGCCCACCCCGUGCCUCCAGCUAAAUUUGGACCCUCGGGGAGAAAUCUGGUGGCUUCGUCUGCAAGGAAGACCCCUCAGUGUGGAGGGGUUGCACCCUGAGGACCCCCCCAAACAUGAACCUGCUCUCGUACCUCCUCCUCCUCCGCAGCCAUAAUAAAAUCAAUGUGUGUUU